UGCUUUCAGGAAAUUGGCCUGUUGGCUUACAUCUAAACCCUGAAUAACAGGCGCCUUAUGAGCACCUAGAAAGGCUGAUAGGUGCAGGGAGGGGCUGGAGGCUGGUAAAUGAGAAUGAUCGAAUCCCAUCUGUGCGGUUAAAAAGGAGGAUGAGAUGCGAUGUAUUUUGAGUAGUGAGGGCAUAGUUCAGCAAACCAACACACCAUCUACAGUCGCGCCCCGAGAUGAUGAAUUCACACAAGUGACCCGCUGCCGCACCCCUAGCGAGGGGUGCGAAUACGUCGCCGACGUCGACGACGUAAUUGCGUGCUACAACUAUCUCGUGGCCCUCGGCGACUAUACCUGCAGAGAGCGCGAGCUCUGCAGGAUCGGCAGCGCUAAGAUCACGGGUAUAAGCUAGAACGGGCAUACAUGUACUUGGGGUGUUCCUUUCCUUUUCACUACCGUGAAAUGCGUGAGCUGUUACACGACAGGCACAAACUGUUGAACUACAGCGUCAGUAGCGAUCUAUAACGUAG